AUGUCGGGAUCAAAUUCAUCAAGGAGGGCCUUAACCGCAUGUGAAGCAAAUAACUUAAUAGACAAGUGCUGGAGGUGCAAACCCGAUUGGGAUCACAACCGUCAAGCAUUAGCUGAUUGUGCACAAGGAUACGCGAAAGGAACCACUGGUGGCAAGGGUGGGGAAAUAUACAAGGUGACAGAUCCAACAGAUGAAGAUGCCGCAAAUCCAAAGGAAGGGACGCUCCGGUUUGGCAUUACUCAAAACAAGCCUUUAUGGAUCAUUUUUGAAAAAGAUAUGGUCAUCACUUUGACACAUGAGCUUGUAGUGCAAAGCGACAAGACUAUCGAUGGAAGGGGUGCAAAAGUUGAGAUCACUGGAGCCGGUUUCACCCUUUAUGAAGUUAAAAAUGUUAUCAUUCAUGGGAUUUGUAUCCAUGAUACUAAAGAAACCCCUGGUGGUAUGAUUAAGAAUUCAGACGGCCCACCAGGCUUGAGACAAAAGAGCGACGGUGAUGGUAUUUGCGUUACUGGUUCGUCCAAGAUAUGGAUCGAUCAUUGUGAACUCAGUAAGGGUGUAGACGGGCUCAUUGAUGUCACCUUAGGUAGCACAGCCGUAACCAUUUCUAAUUGCAAAUUCACCAAUCACCAUAAGCUUAUAUUGCUCGGGGCAGACGAUGGACAUCAUCACGAUAAAAAUAUGUUAGCAACUGUCGCAUUUAAUUGGUUUGCUGAAGGAUGUGAUCAAAGGAUGCCUAGAUGUCGAUUUGGGUUUUUCCAAGUCGUUAACAAUAACUACGAUGGAUGGGGAACAUACGCCAUAGGUGGUAGCUCGGCUCCAACUAUCCUCAGUCAGGGUAAUAGAUUCAAGGCUCCCGACGAUGCAGCCAAGAAAAAUGUGGUGGUGAGGGCUGAUGCACCAGAGUCAGAGUCCAUGCAAUGGAAUUGGAGAACAGAGAAGGAUGUUCUGGAGAAUGGAGCUAUAUUUACACCAUCUGGGUCGGAUCCACAGAUGACCUCCGAGCAACAGAAUUGCUUGAUUCCUGCUGAGCCAGGAGAGUCUGCUCAAAAACUCACUAGUGCUGCUGGUGUACUCUCAUGUACCCCUGGAUCACCUUGUUAAUUGAAUUAACCAACUCAUUUCUUU